GAGGUAGAUUGGCGGUGAGAAACUGAGAAUCUCUUCUCUUCCGGAGCUCUACCUGUACAUUUCUAGGGUUUUUGCAUCUUCACGCAGUGACGUAGGCUUUCAGAGAUGGAUAUUGAUUCUGAUUUUCAAAAAUCGAAUAACCAGCCAGAGGAGGAGAGCUCGUCGAUGCAAAUGGAUUCUCAGGGAAGCGGUGAUGAAAAAGAGAAGCUUAUGGAGUCCAUGGAUAAGUUAAAUAUCGAGGGAACUUCAACAAAUUUCAAGAAAAAACCGGUUAUAAUUAUUGUUGUUGGGAUGGCAGGUAAUCUGGGAAAACUCAGUUUUUCUUUGUUGGAAUGAUUCUAGUUGUUAUGUUUGCUAAAUGAGUUGGAGAUUGUGUGGGUUAGAUUCUUUGAAAUCCAUGUUGUUAAUGUGUUGCUGAGUGAAUGUGAAAGUUGAGAAAUGUUAUUGAAUUUAGUAUAGGAAGUGGAAAAACAACAUUCCUCCAUAGGCUGGUUUGCCACACACAAGCUUCAGAUAUAAGGGGUUACGUUAUCAACCUCGACCCUGCUGUUUUGACCCUCCCAUUUGGUGCAAACAUUGAUAUAAGGGACACUGUUCGAUACAAAGAAGUGAUGAAGCAGUUUAAUCUUGGGCCUAAUGGAGGAAUUCUUACAUCACUCAACUUGUUUGCUACCAAGUUUGAUGAGGUUGUUCAAUUAAUAGAGAGCUGAGCAGAUCAGCUUGACUAUGUUCUUGUGGAUACUCCUGGUCAGAUUGAGAUAUUUACUUGGUCUGCUUCAGGAGCUAUCAUUACAGAAGCUUUCGCUUCAACUUUUCCUACUGUAAUUACCUAUGUUGUGGAUACUCCUCGUUCAGCCAGUCCAUCCACCUUUAUGAGCAACAUGCUCUACGCUUGUAGCAUUCUCUACAAGACACGGUUGCCUCUUGUAUUAGCAUUCAACAAGGUUGAUGUUGCUCAACAUCAGUUUGCUUUAGAGUGGAUGGAAGAUUUUGAGGCAUUUCAAGCAGCAAUAAGUUCAGAUAGCUCAGACACGUCAACAUUAACCCAGAGCCUCUCCCUUGCUCUCGAUGAAUUUUAUAAGAAUUUACGGUCUGUUGGAGUGUCUGCAGUGUCUGGUGCUGGAAUGGAUGCUUUCUUUAAAGCCAUUGAAGCAAGUGCUGAGGAAUUCAUGGAAACCUAUAAGGCUGAUCUUGACAAGAGACAGGCAGAAAAGCAACGUCUUGAAGAAGAACGCAGAAAGGAGAGCAUGGACAGGUUGAGAAAAGACAUGGAGCAAUCCAGGGGGGAGAAUGUGAUCUUGAGCACUGGUUUGAAGGACAAAGACGGCAGGAGAAAGUACUUGGUGGAUCCUGAAGAUGAAGAAGAAGAGGAAGAAGAAGAGGAAGAUGAUGAUUAUGAGAGGUUUUCUGACGAGGAAGAUGUUAUAGAUGAGGAUGAGGAUGAAGAGGUUGCCAGGUUCUCCUGAUAAAAAUGAUCCCUAAUGGCAAGCUUAACAGAUAAAGGAGUGAAAAGGUAUUGUAAGGCAACAAAUUCUCUCGAAACAACUUUGCAUUUGACCUUAGGCAGCAACCAAACCACUAACAAGAGUCUAGAAUUGAAUUAUAGCAGUAAAUAUCUUCGGAUUUAAGUCUUUUGAUCCACCAAUAAGAAAACAAUACCAAAGCUUGCUGACAUCCAUGUAGUAAGUCGUAGAAAACUUGUGCACAUGGUUUACUUUUCUACAGUACUCAAACUUGGAAAAACAGGUGUGCGUGUAUGACGGGCUUUCAAUGAAGUGCAUGGCAUUUU